CCAUCCGCCUACUACGGCAUCAAAUGCAAAGUCGCUCCUAACAGCAGAACCACCUGCACCGAUACACCCAGAAUUUCAGAAUUUCAGAAUUUCAGAAUUUCAGAAUUUAUCAAAACCAUCAUAAACGUCCUCGAUGAGGCAGUCAUGGACGAGACACUCGACAGGACGAGCUUCAGCCAUCGUGCCUUCCUCAAGAUCGCGAAGAAUGACGCCACAAUCGCAGCCACAUUCCAAGAAGCCUAUGACGCCUACAUGGAGAAGCAAAGAAACAGAAGCGCCGACUUCAGAGAAGUUUUUUAUGACUUCAAAUAUGCCUUCCCUGGCCUUGGUGUAUGUGCGGACGGCCUCAUACCACCCGAAGAGAUCCCCGUCUUAUCUUCCAAAAUGGAAGGUGCACUCUACAGAAGCGUGGCCAAGAUUUGCAGUCGAACGCACGACUAUUCGUCCUUCGGCACCAAGAAGGACGCGUUGGAUGCGCUGAGGAAAUUGGGCGUUAUGCUACUCAAGACUCCGGACAAGAAACUGCGCGCUGCAGUCGCAGAUUGUAUUAAAAAUGUCGAGAGCGAAGAGUAUGUCAUCGCCAUGUACCAAAUCGCUCGCCACAUAAAUGUGGAUCAGCGUGAAGAGAUGUGUAUGAUGCCGGUGAACGAAUCAACGACGUACCUGGCCUCCUAG